CUCGUCUCGCGUCUCGCUUGCCCUCGUCCAACUGUCGCUAACAAUGUGGCCGCCCCCAGAUCUCAGCCUUUGCACGACCACGCCCGCGCCCUUCACCCGCCCGCCCCGGCGCCGCACUCCAACGCCUGGCUGUGAAAGGCACCGAUGGCCCAGGUACUCGCGCCGAUUCUUCAGACGUCCGCCUCCAUUACCAUGCCGUACUCGCCGCCAGAUGCCUAUCAGAACGCGCCGGGCCAGCCACACCAGCAGCAGCAGCAGCGAUCGACGCAGCCGCCGCGCAACCAGAUGUACAACAGCCACUCUGGGGGGACAGGCUACAGAGGCACCUCGACGCCGAUAGCGCCGUAUGCCUUCUCCAGCACGCCCCAGCUGCGACAAGAGGGCAGGUCCGUGUCAGCGCCGCUCCCCCAGGGCCUGCAGCAACAACCGCACCAGCCGCCGCCCACCCAGAACAACCAGGCUCGCAAGGGGCAUCCCUCCCAUCCCUCCUCCUCAUCCGACUCGACCGUCUCGACGUCGGGCUCAUCUAGUCGCUCCAUGGCUGGCCCCUCGCGCGCUACAAAAGAUGACGGCGAUGUCAAGAAACAGCCUGAACCCUUUUCAGCCUCGUUUAUGACAUCCUCGGCGACCCCCGACCUCUCGCUCUCUCUGGGCGAGGCCCCUGUCAAGCCCUCGCCCGGGCGUUACAGGCGUGGUGCUGGGAGAACCGACUCGUCCAGCAGUGUUCCCACGGCUACUUCCCCCACGACCCCAACGCAGCGGUCUACUCCUGUUGCGUUACCCCCAUCUGGGCUGUCCCAAGCAGCCUCCACUUCUCCGGAUGACUCCGAUCUGUCAGCGCCUAGCAGGCCUGGACACAAUCGGGCGAGCAGCGCAGACGACUCACAGCUCGCACGCAGCAUGGAUGCCGCCAAGAGAUACAGGCGACGCAGUUUCAAUGGAUUAGACGCCAAUGGUGUCGCAAUCAACAUGGCGGCGUCUGGUCCUGUGGUACCUCCGAGUCAAGGCUCGACUACCUCGUCAAGUACAGUGGGACCUGGCUCGAGUGCAGGACGACAGGGAAGCCGCCCGACGUCAAGCCGUGGCCAUCAAAGACAAAACAGUGGGAGCAGUGUCUCGUCCAACACCUCCACAAGACCCCAGGCGAGCAACACAGGCGCUCAGCGGGCCUCUGCCCCUGGCGCUGGUGACAGCGUUGCUUCGAAAGGAAUUGAAGCCGCCCGACGCCAUGCUCCAUCCCCUCUGUCACAUCCGGUGUCAAACGAGGCACCCGGCCCUGCGAAGGCAUCAGCGCCCUCCAGUGCCGCUGUCAAACAUUUAACUGCAGUGAACGACAAAGACAAGGGCAUGAAGUCACGUCUCCGCCGAGCUUUCUCCUUUGGCAGCGCUGCUGAACUUCGACGUGCCUCGGCAGAGAACAACAUCUCUGCGGAACGUGCAAAGUUGAGGAAGGACAGAAUGGAACCCGAGGAAGAUCCGGAACAGGCUGCAAUCAUUGCCAAGCAAGAGGCAGCAGGUAUCGGUGCUGGAAUCUAUUCCGGGCAAGGCGGCGUCGGCUCCACUGAUAACAUAUCCAUUCAGUCGGCUGCAUCAUCUGCCUCGAUCAUGCUCCGAAAGAUGGGAAGUGGCAUGAAAAAAGGUAGCAAGUCAAUCAAGGGAUUGUUUAGGCCCAAGUCAGUCAUUGGAGUUCCAGCCGCUGAUGGACCUGUCAACAGGCCGAGCGUCGGCCGAAUCUCAAUGGUCACUGUCGAGGCAGAGAGGCAGAAAGUGAACAUAAACGCAGACCCUCACGACCAGGUCCGCGGUGGGACCGGUUAUCCUAGGUUGGAGCGCAACUCGAUCGAUGCCGGGCAGAUGGCUGAGAUUGUGAACCCUUCAAAUGCAUCAGGUGAAACUGGCUCAAGGAAGAGCAUCGUUGGCAAUGAUCGCGAACGGGCUGAGGUCCUCUCUUCCAUGAAGAAAGGCAUUUUGAAGCGCAACAACACGAGCUCAGAUUCUGGCUCACCCGUCCUCCGACCUGUGGAUGUAGGUCAAGUCUACGGACAUUCGACAUCCGGUACACCGACCAACGACAAGAGACGGAACGACGACUACUUUGCGAAACCACCGCGUAUUCCAAACGGCAGCACGAGGAGUCUCCCGACUACUCCUCAAGUGGGGAGGAACAUCAGCUUCAGCCCUCGCAUCCAAUUCCAUGACGCCUGGUCUCCUUCAGACUACGACCGUCGGGGAGACAUUGCUACGUGCAACAGACUCACGCCCAUGCUGGCACAGCAGAUUAGGGAAGAAGUCAAUUCCUUCAAGAUGGAGAUGGAAGUACACGAGCAGUCUAAACCACACACCCAUUUCUUCUAAUGAUUAUGCAUCCAUCAUUUGGACAUGGCGUCUUGGCGAAUAUCUUCCAACUUAGCACUUGGGCGAUUGGAAGCAGUAUAGCAUUUACGAGUUGGUCUCUUACUCUACUUCCUUGUCUGGUUACGGAUUGACUUGUCUCUUCUGUUUUAGCGAGCAUUUGCAAUCAAGUAGAAAACUGCUUCGCGU